AUGGAGUUCAAAAAGCUUUGGAAAUGUAUGAAAUGCAAGGCUAUGUUCGAUAGAUUUGUGAUAGUAUUGCCAGAUGCAUCUCCUCAAUACACAAUGGCAACUGAUAUAUUAUCAAGUUUCUUAGCAAAAGGUUUGGAUUUUCAAACAAUCGUGGCAAAUGCUACUACUUAUGAUCAAUUGUAUCAUUUGGAAACUAGUUUACCAACUUAUGACUCAUUAGAAUUACAAGAUGCAAUCACGGAUGGUGGAAACUAUGUUGGAAGAGCAAUUGAACCCCAAACUUAA